AAACCAACAGUCAGCAGAGAAUGGCGAAAUACUGUCUGAAAAAAACCAGUAAGCGAGUCAGCUGCGCCAAGCGCUACAAAAUUGAGAAGAAAGUUCGCGACCAUAACAGAAAAGUGAAGAAGGAGGCUAAAAAGAAUGGAACCACUAAUAAAAAAGAAAAGACUAUCAGUGUUCCGAAUUCAUGUCCUUUCAAAGAAGAAAUUCUGGUCCAAGCAGAGCAGGAGCGCGAGAAGAUAAAAGUUCGUCAGGAAGCUGCUAAAGAAGCUGCAAAAAUUCAUCGCAUCGAAAAGAGAAAAAAUAAUUUGCCAGCCAAUUUUGAAAGUAUGGUCGCAAAAGCAUCGAAACAAGGAACCGAAUUUGAUAAGAAAGUUGCCAGUGCUGCAGAACAUGAGAAGUUCAACACCUUGGAUGACAAAACAAUCAAGGCUUAUGCCAGUGAAGUUAGGAAGACUGUCGAGAUUGCUGAUGUUAUUAUCCAAGUACUUGACGCCAGAGAUCCGCUCGGCAGUCGUAGCAAGUCUGUAGAGGAUCAGGUCUUAAAAGGUGGAAAGCGAUUGGUUCUUCUUCUUAACAAAAUCGAUUUGGUGCCCCGUGAGAACGUUCAGAAGUGGCUCGAGUAUCUUCGCGGUCAAUUCCCGACAAUUGCUUUCAAGGCUUCAACACAAGAGCAAAAGUCGAAUAUUGGCCGUUUCAACAGCGCUAUUUUGAACAACACUGAGACCUCGAAAUGCGUCGGUGCCGACAUUGUGAUGAAAAUUCUUGCUAAUUACUGUAGAAACAAAGACAUUAAAACUAGCAUUCGCGUCGGAGUUGUUGGCUUCCCAAAUGUCGGUAAAAGCAGUGUGAUCAACAGUUUGAAGAGAAGAAAGGCAUGCAACGUAGGAAAUCUGCCAGGAAUCACCAAAGAAAUUCAAGAAGUUGAGUUGGACAAAAAUAUCCGUCUUAUUGAUUCCCCGGGAGUCAUUCUCGUCAGUCAAAAGGAUUUGGAUCCAAUUGAGGUUGCUCUUAAAAAUGCUAUUCGCGUCGACAAUUUGCUUGAUCCAAUUGCUCCAGUUCACGCAAUCCUUCGUCGUUGCAGCAAGGAAACUAUUAUGCUUCAUUACAAUCUUGCCGACUUUAACUCAGUUGACCAAUUCUUGGCUCAACUUGCACGUCGUAUCGGAAAACUUCGUCGUGGAGCUCGUCCAGAUGUGAAUGCUGCUGCCAAACGUGUAUUGAACGACUGGAAUACAGGAAAGCUCAGAUAUUACACUCAUCCACCAGAGCAGGGAACUGCAAAGGAAGAUAUUGUUGUUCCUGCUGAAGUUGUCUCACAAUUCAGCAAAGAAUUUGAUAUUGACGCGAUUGCUGAGGAGCAAAACCAGAUCGUUGAAGGCCUUCCAAUGGAAAGUGACAUUAUUGCACCACACAAUUCCGACGAAGAAGAAGAUGACGACGAUGAAAUGGAAACAGACGUUAACGAAAAGAAGCAAACAGUAACCAGCGGAAGAAAAGUGAAAGGGCCAACCAAGGAUGACGAUAAGCCAGUUCUUCCAGAAAGUCUGGCUCUUGAAGGAAACGUUCAGCUCAAUAAACUCAUCAAGACAGCUAUCAAGAAGCAGAAGAAAAAGUCGAAAAAGACUGCUAACAGAGCUGAUAAACUGUCGGAUUCACUUGGAAACAUGCUCGGAGGAGAUGCUAUGGAAAUGUAAUAUCUCAUUGUUAUAUCACUUGAUUUUCUGUUAUUUUUUUUCCUUUAUCGUUCUGUUUAUCCGAAUUGUUGAUUUUUCAUGUUUUGACAAUGAAAAAAAAACGUUGUUUCGAAACUAUUU